CCUGUAGAUGGCUGCAUGAGACCUUGUGCUGUUGAAAACGAAGAAGAAGUCGUAGAAGAAGAAGUAGAAGCGGCAGGACAACGGCUGCGCUACAAUCGAGGUGUCAUCAACACGCUUUUGCAGCGUGAGCCUCUGGAGGUGAGCGGUGGGCUUGGUCACAUCAGGAUGGUUCUGAGGGAGCUUCCAGUGGAGCACGCGGCGCGGCCCCUGGGCAGGAACGAGGUGCUGGGGCUCCUCUUCCGCCUGACCAUCUUUGGCGCUGUCACCUACUUCACCAUCAAGUGGAUGGUCGAUGCCAUUGACCCCACGCGCAAGCAGAAGGUGGAAGCGCAGAAACAGGCAGAGAAGCUGAUGCGGCAGAUCGGCGUCAAAGACGUCAAGCUGUCCGAGUACGAGAUGAGCAUCGCCGCCCACCUGGUGGACCCCCUCACCAUGCAGAUGUCCUGGCGUGACAUCGGCGGUCUUGACGAGGUCAUCGCCGAGAUCCAGGAGACCGUCAUCAUGCCCGUUCAAAAGCGACAUCUCUUCCAAAGCUCCAGAUUGCUGCAGCCCCCCAAAGGUGUGCUGCUGUACGGGCCGCCGGGUUGCGGGAAGACGCUGAUCGCCAAAGCGACGGCCAAGCAGGCGGGCUUUCGCUUCAUCAACCUGCAGCCCAGCACGCUGACGGACAAGUGGUACGGCGAAUCGCAGAAGCUCGCCGCCGCCGUUUUCUCCUUGGCCGUCAAACUGCAGCCCGCUCUCAUCUUCAUCGACGAGAUAGACUCAUUCCUGAGGAAUCGCUCGAGCUCAGACCACGAGGCCACGGCCAUGAUGAAGGCGCAGUUCAUGAGUCUGUGGGACGGCCUGGACACGGACCACCGCUGUCAGGUGAUCAUCAUGGGCGCCACCAACCGACCGCAAGAUCUGGACUCGGCUAUCUUGAGGAGGAUGCCAACCAGAUUCCACAUCAACCAGCCGAGUUUGCAUCAGCGAGAGCAAAUCCUCAAACUCAUCCUGGAAAACGAGAGCGUGGACGAGUCGGUGGAGCUUUUGGAGAUCGCCAAGCAAACGGAAGGAUUUUCCGGCAGCGACCUUCGGGAGAUGUGCCGCGAUGGCGCCCUGCUGUGCGUUCGAGACUUUGUGCACACUGGCGGCGACGGCCCAUCAGAGGAUUGCAUCCGUCCGAUUCACGCCUCCGAUCUUCAGAGGGCCAUCGCCAAGAUGAAGAAAUCCAAGAUGGCGGGUGGUCACGGCGCCCUCCUGCACGCUGCUCUGGACUGAAUGGGUCCUCCCAAACACACAAGCCCGCUGCGUCACCGCUCGCAUUUCCACCCAGUCAAUUGUUCACGUGCCAACAUUUUUGAACGCCAAGCACGUUCAUGAUGAGUUCAACAAACGACCUUCAAGUCUUUUCUCUUCUUCAUGGAACUUUUACUUUGAAAAGUCCUUUUUCAACAAUGCCUAAACUGUCAAACAGUGAAUUGAUCUUUCCUAUUUAUGGCAUUGCUGUGAUUGGUGUCCUUUCUGAUGGGAAGUUUGUCAACUAACUUAAGAUAUUCCUGUUAUUUAACUCUUCGGUUGAAAGGAGCAACCCGCUCCCUGCUUUGUUUGAAAUGCUUGACUUGUACAUUUUAAAACAAGCAGAAAUAUGAUUAUUAGUAAAAGCAACAUUGCGCCAACUGUCAGUCAAAUAUGUGAAGAUUCCAGAGUAACAAAUGUUUGCAUCUACUGAGGCCGUACCCCAAUGCCCAAGAACGGCAAGGGUGUGGUGUCGGACACAUGGGGUCGCUCCACACUACCCAAAUGAGGCGGCCAAUUGCACAGACCAGGAACCAGAAUUGGAACCAAAAUUAUGUUUUCUACAUGAAUGUGUUCACGGACUUAACUGAUGAGGACUUGUGGACAAAAUGGUUUUGGAGCAGAAGAAACCCCUUUCACAAAAUCUUUCCCCAAUAAAUUCUGUCAAUCUUGAGUCA